AUGACUCUAAAGCCAAGUGUUCUUCUUGUUCUCGCCUUGGCGUUCUGUGCUGCUGCCAUACCCUCUCGUCAGCCUGGCUUCGUCUACUCCUACGGCCAUCCACUCGUCCACUCCUCCUACCCCGUCGUCAAUUCUGCAAAGGCCCAUACCCCCGCCAGCACCGUCUCCCUCGUCUACAACUACGGUCACAAUUUCCCCCAAACCUACAACUACCCCCACACCUUCCCUUACGCCUUCCCCUACACCUUCCCUUACACUUACCCUUUCGUGAUCAAGACUGACGAGGCCCUCGAGGAGGAACCUAUGACUGAGGAGGAAGUUGCAGGCAUGGAAGAGCUCAUGGCUGAGGAAAUAGCUGAAGAAUAUAUGGCUGAGGAAGAACGCAUGGCUGAGGAAGAACGCAUGGCUGAGGAGGAACUUAUUGCUGAGGAGAAAGCCGCAACUGAGGACGAUCCCGUUACUGAGGAAUAGGACGACACUCAGAUUCCUUCCUCACUGGGACUGGGAGGAGAAAUCGCGAGUCCACGUAGUCUCGUCUGGCGAGAAUUUCGAAGGACUCGUUGAGCCUCUCUAGCUUCCCUUAUAAACGAGAUCUGUAAGCUUAGCCUUCGUUGCAGCAGGGAAUGACAUUCUGAAAAUAUGAAUGCCUCUAGUCUCGCUGACCCUACUUUAUAACCAGAUCUAGGCACUGAUAUGCGAUCUGGUGAAAAUUCCUAUUGCUAGCAUUGGAACUUUCGUUGUUAACUUUUUCUGGGAUUAUCAUACAGGUUACUGGUCUACCAAACACCAAAGUACAAAACCUACUGCAUAAUUUAUUUGAACCUUUCCUUUUUUAACUUUCUGAAUCGGGUAUUAGAUAAAGAGAGAGUAAAUAU